GCAGUGCGCGGCGCGGCGAGCGGCACCCGGCGCGCGAUUUCAGAACGCGGGAAGCGAGAGUCAGCGGCGGUGUCUGGAGGCCGCGCGCGUAGCCCAGCAGACAGGAUGGGAAUCCAUGGCCUGGCCAAGCUGAUCGCAGACGUGGCGCCUGGUGCCAUCCGAGAGAAUGACAUCAAGAGUUAUUUCGGCCGGAAGGUGGCGAUUGACGCCUCCAUGAGCAUCUACCAGUUCCUGAUUGCCGUGCGGCAGGGAGCUGACAUGCUGCAGAAUGAGGAAGGUGAGACCACCAGCCACCUGAUGGGCAUGUUCUACCGAACCAUUCGUAUGGUGGAGAAUGGUAUCAAACCGGUCUACGUCUUUGAUGGCAAGCCCCCCCAGCUGAAGUCGAGUGAGCUGGCCAAGCGGACUGAGCGCCGGGCCGAGGCAGAGAAGCAGCUCCAGGAGGCCCAAGAGGCAGGGGAAGAGGACAACGUGGAGAAAUUCAGCAAGAGGCUAGUCAAGGUGACGAAGCAGCACAAUGAUGAGUGCAAGAAGCUGCUGACCCUGAUGGGCAUUCCCUAUGUGGAGGCACCAGGUGAGGCUGAAGCCAGCUGUGCCACCUUAGUGAAAGCUGGCAAAGUCUAUGCAGCUGCCACUGAGGACAUGGACUGCCUGACCUUUGGCAGCCCCGUGCUGAUGCGGCACCUUACGGCCAGUGAGGCCAAGAAGCUCCCUAUCCAGGAAUUCCACCUGAACCGUGUCCUGCAGGACCUGGACCUAACAUGGGAGCAGUUUGUGGACCUGUGCAUCCUUCUGGGCUGUGACUACUGCGAGAGCAUACGUGGCAUUGGGCCCAAGCGUGCUGUGGAGCUCAUCAAGCAGCAUAAGACCAUUGAAAAGAUUGUGCAGCACAUAGAUCCCAAGAAGUACCCCCUACCUGAGAACUGGCUGCACAAGGAGGCCCAGCAGCUCUUCCUGCAGCCUGACGUGGUGGACCCUGAGGCUGUGGAGCUGAAGUGGAGCGAGCCGGAUGAGGAUGGGCUUGUCCUUUUUAUGUGUGGGGAGAAGCAGUUCAAUGAAGAACGGAUCCGCAAUGGGAUCAAGAGGCUGAGCAAGAGCCGCCAAGGCAGCACUCAGGGCCGGCUGGAUGACUUCUUCAAGGUGACUGGCUCCAUCACCUCAGCCAAGCGUAAGGAGCCAGAACCCAAGGGCUCAGCCAAGAAGAAAGCAAAGGGCAAUAGUGCAGCAGCAGCAAAGUUCAAAAAGGGGAAAUAACCAGACCUUCCAGAACUGUCCUAGUUCUCUUCCACUCCCAGAUCCUCCAGGGGUUUAAAUUUGUUAGAAGAUCCUGUAUUCUUCCUGCACUGCUCUGAGUUAUACCCUGCAGGGGAGAAUGGUACCUGUGCUGCUUCCGCUCCUCCAUAUAGUGCUUCCCUGUCAGUGAACCAGAUGACAGUCUCGUAGCACAGAAGCAGUAUAGGCACAAUGCUGCGGGAAGAGAGGGACAAAAUUAGUGGAAGGGUGGG